UGGAGGAAAGCAUCAACUACCAUGAUUUGUCGUUGUAUAAAGUGUAAAGAGUUUGGGAUAAGAACUCGAAAAUGUUGAAACUAGUUGCUUGGCUUCCUUCCAAAGAGCUGAAGGCAAAGCUGCGGCGGAUCUAAAAGCCAAAGACGAGCAUAGUUAUGCCGGCCCCCAUUCGGUAGCUGCUUGUUUUUUAUCAAUUCAGCUGGCAUCCACCAGACAAAAGAGACUCAAUCAACAAUACCACUACGUUAAAAAGACUUCGUCAAAAUUUUGAUUCUCCAUUACUACCCUUCUCCCUAUCCGUUUCACAAGGUUGAAAAUGACGGGGAAUAUCCCUUCUCAAUAGGGGUUAUUUGGUCUUUUCCCAAAGGUAUUGUCCCCAUAAAAAUUAUUGCUAGUUGACAAAUUACUAAGUUUCUUGAAAAGAGCCAUAACUUCCCGUUUUCAGCUUUCUACCAUCGAAGAUUGCAAACAGCCACCAUUCCUAGCAAGACAAGUACCAUUCUUUUUACGAGCUUUCCUUUCAUUGGAUUAUGCUAAGUUCUUGCAAAACCUGUUGGAUCUCUCUGUUUAAGAGAGUUCAACUGUUCCUUCACGUCGACCGGUGCAAUAGAAGAUCAAAGCAUCGCCGGUUACCAUCGAGUUGCGAUGUGAUAACAUCGUCCUUUGCUACCAUGGAACUGUCAAAUCAGUUUAAACAAGUCUUCAAAGUGAUGGACGCAAAUGGCGAUGGGAAGAUAUCUUCAUUGGAGCUUAGACAAGUGCUUUUACGCCUCGGACAUGAAAAAUCCACGGCCUCCAAAGCAGCGGAAGGUAUGAUCAGAGAAAUGGAUUUCAACGGCGACGGUUUCAUCAAUUUGGAUGAGUUCAUGCACGCGGUUGUCAACACCACCAGCGACGGAGCAAUUUCUAGCUGCAGCAGCGGCGAGGACGAUCAUUUAAUGGACGCUUUUCUCAUCUUCGAUAAAGAUAAAAACGGAUUCAUCUCGGCCAAAGAAUUGCGCAAUGUUUUGAUUAGCCUAGGGUUCAACAAGUGCAGUCUUAAACAGUGUAAGCGCAUGAUUAGAGGCGUCGAUAAGGAUGGAGAUGGAUUUGUGGACUUCAAAGAAUUUCGAUUAAUGAUGAGCGCCGCAGAACGCAGCAGCUGAAACAUGUUGCAGAAAAAGUCAAAUAAAACGCGUAAUCGUUGAAUAUUCUCGUUUCUCAGGUACUCAUAAUAAUUCUUUUUUAGUUUUCCCAUAUUCUGUCUGUCUAGAACCUUUUAUCAUUUGAAACUCAAUCUAAAUCUCUAAUUUAAUCA